AUGGGAAAUAAAACGAACGGUACAGAAAAAAAGGAUCCCGCUAUUUUAACCGAUGAAGAUUUGCAAAUGCUAAAAGUCAGCACACAAUAUACCGAAGAAGAAAUUCUAAGCUGGCACGCUGGUUUUCUUAAAGAUUGUCCAAUGGGUAAACUCGACCGCAAACAAUUUCUUAGUGUCUAUAGAAGAUUCUAUCCAGAAGGUAAAGCUGAUAAGUAUUGUAAUUUUGUGUUCAAAGCAUUCGAUACAGACAACAACAAUUGGAUUGAUUUUACGGAAUUUCUAUUAGCGGUUGAUGUUUCUCAACAUGGGAAUCUUGAAGAAAAAUUACAUCUGGCUUUUAGUAUUUAUGAUCAAAACAAAGACGGAGAAAUUAAUCGCAAAGAUAUGGUUAAAAUAAUUGAAGCUAUGUACGAUUUAGCAAAUGAAGAAGAUCGAAUCGGCCAAAAAUCGCCCAAUAAACGUGUUGAACUAAUAAUGCAGCGUUUAAAUAAAGAUAAAGAUGAUAUUAUUGUUCGAAAUGAAUUUAUUGAAGGAUGUGUUCGAGAUGAAUUAUUACGUAAAAUACUUGCGCCAAACGCAGCUAUGAUAUCAGACGAUCAAGCAACGGAUUCCAAUGAUUGA